AUGGAUUCCUUAGAAAGUAAAUUUCCAAAGUACAUGGUAUACUGUGUCAUGAUUGCUUGUUUGGAAGCGUUCUCUCAGGGAUAUCUUUCCGGUGCCACUAAUGUGCCUGGUACGAUCACUCAUGAAUGUGCAAAUGGCAUGGCUCAUGUUGCCAGUGGUGGCCUUCCCGACUGUUUACCUAUGAAUACCGCUCUCUGGGGUUUUGCUGUAUCUGCCUUUUGUGUAGGCGGUCUCAUUGCAUCUCUGUUUGGCGGUGCCUUUCAGAACAAAUACGGCCGUCGUUUUGCCAUCAUUGUGAAUAACGCUGGUUUCAUCAUCGGUUCUCUAUUAUGCUCUGUUGCUGCACAUCAAGCCAUGUUUAUCAUUGGUCGUAUCAUCACAGGUCUUUCUUGUGGCCUUGGUUCUUUAGCUGUGCCUACCUACAUUGGUGAAGUCUCUACCAUCAAAGCUAGAGGCACCAUGGGCUCUUGCAAUCAAUUCAGUGUCGUCAUUGGCCUUUUGAUUGCCUCUGCCAUUGGUCUUCCAUUAGCCAAGGUGCCCCUUUGGCGUAUUCAGUACGCUAUUCCUGCAUUCCCUGCUAUUCUUCAAGUCUUUUUGAUGCCCACUUGUGUGGACUCUCCUCGUUGGCUGCUUUCCGUGAAUCGUGUCGAUGAGGCCCGUGUCGCCCUUCAGAAGUUGCGUGGUGAUGCUCGCAUCGAUCAAGAGUUCUUUGAAAUGGUGCAAGGUGUUCAAGGCACUGCUGCUGCUAAUGCCAAUCUUCGUGAUAGUCCUGAGGGUCUCAAGGUCACUGAAUCCAAGGUGGCCAAUUUGUUUGAUAAUGAUAUCGAAGACCAUGUGGGCCAGCAAGAAUCACACGAAACCUAUUCUAUGUUGGAUGUCAUGAGAGACCCUGUUGCUCGUCGUAUUGGCCUUACCGUCUUUGUGCAUCAUAUCAUUCAACAGUUAUCUGGUAUGAAUGCUGUCAUGUAUUACUCGAGUAAUAUCUUCUUGCUUGCCUUCAAUGGCUCUGAGAGCAUGUCCCAAAUUAUGGCCAUUGUCACCACCAUUGUCAAUUUCGCUGCUACCAUUGUUGCCGUGUGUGUCAUUGAUCGUUUCGGUCGUCGUCCUCUGUUGCUUAUUGCUGAAGCUGGUACCUGUAUUUUCUCUGUUCUCUUGGUCAUUGGUUACAAGGUCAAUUCACCUGGUCUUUUGAUCGCUUCUGUCUUUUUGUAUGUCGCCUCUUUCGCUGUUGGUAUCGGCCCUAUUCCUUGGUUGAUUACCUCUGAAAUGACACCUACUUAUGCUGCUUCAUCUGUCGGUGCUGCCUCUACUUGUAUCAAUUGGUGCAUGAAUUUCUUAAUUGGCCAAGUCUUCCCUGUCAUUUUCGCUGCUAUCCAAGGCUGGUCUUUCCUUAUUUUCGCUGUCAUUUGUGCUUUGGCUUUCUGUUUUACUUUCUUUGCUCUUCCUGAAACCAAGGGCCGUUCUGUUGAAGCUGUUGUCGCUGGUUACGACAAGUACAAGAGAUAA